CCACAUCUCAUUCUUCAUCUCAUUCUAUCACCCAUUCCGUUCGUACCUUUUUCUCCAUUCUCCGCACUUUCCUUUAUAUAAUUGUCAUUUCUUCAGGAAAAGAAACAAAGAGUUGUGUCAUUGGAAGUUAAUUCACAGCGAGAGAGAGAUAAAAAUGUUGGGAAUUUUCAAGGAGAAGUUGUUUAAUGCACCCAAGGAGCUGAAGAGUCCAGCUUCUUUGAGUUCAUGCACCGAGCCUAAGCCAAGCAAUGAAAUCGUGAAUGAUUUCAUGUCCUCCAAUUCCUCCAAUGCUUUCUCGAUGUGCUUCGGAAAUGAUGCAUUGCUAGCCUAUUCCCCUUCAAAAAACCCCUCCACUCAUCAAAGGUUGUUCAGUGGUUUGGAUGACAUAUACUGCGUUUUCAUGGGUGGCUUGCACAACCUUAGUAGGAUGAACAAGCAGUAUGGGCUAUCAAAGGGAACAAACGAGGCCAUGUUUAUCACCGAAGCAUAUCGAACUCUUCGAGACAGGGGUCCAUACCCUGCCGAUCAAGUUCUCAUUCAACUCGAAGGCAGUUUUGGAUUCGUGAUCUAUGACAACAAACAUGGAACUGUUUUUGUUGCAUCUGGUUCCGAUGGCCAGAUCGGGCUCUACUGGGGUGUUGCAGCCGAUGGUUCGGUAGUGAUUUCUGAAAAUCUGGACCUUAUAAAAGCAAGUUGUGCUAAAUCAUUCGCACCAUUUCCAACUGGGUGUAUGUUUCACAGUGAACAUGGUCUGAUGAACUUUGAACAUCCAACGAGGAAGAUGAAAGCAAUGCCCAUAAUUGAUAGCGAGGGGGUUAUGUGUGGAGCAAACUUCAAUGUUGACUCUCAAUCAAAGAUCCAAAUGAUGCCGCGUGUUGGAAGUGAAGCUAACUGGGCUGCUUGGAACUAACAAACCAGGCUGCAAUGUUGAACAUGACUAUGGUAUGAGAUUUUAGUUUUUCGGUUUGAAUUAGGCGUGUAUUUGCUUUCGUUGUUAAUGUUUCUUCACAAAAUGAAGUGGAGCUUUAGAAACAUAGUUUCUGUAUAGGUGUAAUAUUUGCUCCCAUGAAUGUUCACAUUCUGAUUAUGUUGUCCGUCAACGUAAACUGCGGCAAAUAGAUUAUGAACUAUAAUACUUUGCUGAAUAUUUUGCAUACAAAUAGCACAUAAAUGUGUGUAAAGAAAUUUCCGCUGGUUGCUUUUGUUCGACUUGGAAACGAGUGGUAUAAAACACAGAAAACGUCUGGUUUUAA